AUUAAAUACAUAUGUGUAUACGGAUUUAUUCUAUCUUUAGUAAAUAUAAUGGCAACUAAAAGAUUAUUACAAAGUUGCGAUUCAUAUGUAACAACAAUAAAUAACAUUUGUAAUAACAAUAAAAAGGAAUUAAAAGAAAAAGAUUGUUAUUUAGGUUACUCAGAUAAUAAUGAUCUUAUUAAAAUAAGAGUAGAAGGUCUUAUCACUGCAGUUGCUUUUCACAAAGCAAGAUUAUCCGCACAGAAGCUUUCUCAACAUUUAUCAUAUAAAUAUGCUAUACCACAAAUUAGAGAAAUGUUUCAAGUAGACUGGUAUGAAUAUCUUCAAAAAAUGAAAGUGCACAUUGGUGGUAAAAUGUGGAUCUUAAAAAGACACGUUGCAGUUUUUAUAAAUGAUUCGUUCAUAGGCAGUGACAUUGAUUUUUUCGAUUAUCUCAAUGAACUGUAUGUUUUUCAUAUGCCCAAAAAUAUUGAAUAUUAUGAAACACAAGCUAAAGAAUACCAUAAAAAAUUUAUUGAAAGUACAAAGAGAAUUUACGUGUACUUUACAUUCACUUUGGAUGGAUUAACAAUGGGUUCCCUUUUAUUCAUGUUAUAUUCCGACUUGCUACCAAAAACUUGUAAACAUUUUCUAAACUUUUGUACUGGAAAGUAUAAGAAUAUAAAAGGUUUCAAAGUUUCACAUUACGUAAGCACUUCUGUUCAUCGUAUAGUAAAAAAUGGAUGGAUUCAACUUGGUGAUAUUCAAUUAGACAAUAUUAAUUUGAAGACGACUGUAAUACCUAAAAUUGCUGAUGAAUCAUAUUGCAUACCUCAUGAUCGAAGAGGAAUCUUAUCAAUGGCAAAUAAUGGGAAACACUCUAAUGAAUCUCAAAUAAUUGUUUCUUUAAAACCUAAUCCAUGGAUGAAUUAUCAUUAUGUAGCUUUCGGGCAAUUAGUAGAUGGUAUUCAGACAUUACAAAAAAUAGAAGAUAUUCCAACAUAUUAUGAAUCUCCUAUAAAAGAAGUUAUUGUAUCUCAAUGUGGUGAAUAUAUUUUUGAUCAUAAACCCAAAAUGGAACCGGAAACAGAUAUAUUUCUUGAACGCCAACCAUGGAUAAAUGUUGGAGAAAAUAAUAUAAUCCAUCAAUAUCCAUAUAAUACUUAUUCAGAUAUUUCUUUAUGGCUUGAUAAUAUUAUUGAUGAAAUAGAUAUUCGUGAUACAGCAUCUCUUCUUAUUGCUGAACGAUAUUUAAGUAGUUUAUACUGUCUAUCAACAGAUUAUUUAUCAGAAAAAAGUGUUAAUCAUUUUGAUAAAGAUCAAGAACUCGAUAAAAAUUUAAAUGUCAAUUGCAAAUUAAAAUUACGUGAAUUAUUAGAAGAUUUUCAACCCGAAACAAUGUGUAAAGAAGAAAAAAUGAUUUUCAUAGAAAAACUUUCUGAAAUCAUUGUUUUAUAUGCUUUCAAUUUUAUCCAUAAUGAGGCUGCUUAAAACAGAGAAACAAG